AGCCCCUGGGGUUCUUGAGAUGAUUGGUUGAUUGACUGGGUGAUUAUUAAGGUUAUUUUAUGGAUAUAGGAAAAAUGAACUCAGGAUUUUUUAAACAAUUAUUUAUAAAAGAGUAGCAUAAGUAAGCCACUGUAUAAAUAUGCGGUAUAAGGUAAUGAUACUGACUAGACCACACCAUAUUGAGACCACACCUUUAAAGCCAAGCCCCCCCUUCGUGGUGAAGGCACGUCCAUCGUUGUGCUCCGAAACAUCAUUUUCAAGGCGUCAAACGGGCUUGAAGAGUCAAUUUAGCGUCAGUCAUCUAUUAAAAAUUGAAAAGAAUUUGGAACAGAACAUAUUAGCUAGCUACGCACUUCGAUUUUACGUUUAUUUUGAUUGUCUCGUUGUCUGGGUAGAAAUCAUCACAAAAAUGGCAGAUCCGAUGACACAGUCUGGCCAGAUCUCGUCCUCUCUGAACGCUUCAUCGACAAAAGAAUCCACAUAUUCCGUGAUGGAGCUGGUGUACUGGCGGGACCCCAAGAAGUCUGCGGUGGCCUUUGGCAUGUCCCUGCUGGUCCUUCUGUCCCUGGCCAUCUUCAGCAUCAUCAGUGUGUUGUCCUACCUGCUGCUUGCCCUGCUCUGUGUGACAAUCACCUUCCGCAUCUACAAGUCUGUCAUUCAGGCAGUGCAGAAGUCUGGAGAGGGCCACCCCUUCAAGGGUCUGAUGGAGCAGGACCUAACUGUUCAGCCUGAGACUUUCCGUAAAUAUGUGGAUGUGUUUCUGACCUAUGUGAACCGAGCCGUUAAACAGAUCAAACACUUGCUGCUGGUGGAGGACCUGGUGGACUCACUGAAGCUGGCUGGUUUUAUGUGGCUGAUGACAUAUGUGGGAGCUGUCUUCAAUGGUAUCACAAUCCUCAUACUGGCGGAUGUCAUCUUAUUCAGCACGCCUCCGGUUUAUGACAAAAAUAAAACCCAGAUUGAUAAAUACAUUGAACUGAUUCGCACCAGAGUUGAAGUCACACUUGCAAGGCUUCAAGAUAAACUUCCAGGGGCACUGAAGCGUACCAAAGCAGAGUGAUUGUCCAUGACCCCUAUUCAACAACUGCGCUCUCCCUAAUUCUGCAACUUCAGUCCUACCCUUUCAAAUGCAUUCCCAGCGUCAAACCUGUGGCCAAGUCAUCGCUCAAUAUUCAAUGUACCGUAACUAACUUGCAUAGGGUGCAAUGCUUGUAUUUGUUGUUGGAGUCAGACGCAUUCUGAAUAACUCAAUCUGUAGUUGUUACAUCCAUUUUGUGACUUAUAAAUUAAUGAUAUGUACCCAUUUAAUUAUUGAAGAAUAUAAUGUAUAAAAUGCCUCAUGAGCUUAGUUCAAUUGUCGUACCCCAUCAGAACCUGAAAUAUAAACUUGUUUUACUCCAAUGUUUGUAAACAAAGUAAAUGGAAACUAACACUAUAGCCUCAAAGCAUUGGUAGAACUAUAAUUUUGAUAUCAUGGAUUGUUUGUACUUGUAACCACUGUCAAAGUCAUAGACAGCGAUAUGGAUGCAUUUCUCCAACCCCAUAUCUCAUCUUUUCAACGAAACGGUGGAAAGCGCUUGGUUUCAACUACUGAUUUGGGGCUUUAACAGAUGAUUCCUGAUUGAGCCAGGGGGGUUUAAAUCAGAACUUUUAAUUAUUUCAAGGAUACAUAAUGGUGUAUAGCGUUAUUUUAUUUUUUAAAGUAGAUGUUUGUACACUAAUCUGUUUGUUUUUUUAGGGAAAAGUAAUUUGUUGGUGUGGUUUGUGAAUUGGCAUAAAAUAAAGAUUUUUUAAUUUUUUUUUAAAUUUUAUUUAUGAAAGAACUCAAAGCUGGGAUCCAGAUUAGGUGAGACUGCACCACUGGUUGCCCCAGGUGUCUCUGUUAUGGAUUUUUAAACUGGGCAGAGGAGCAUUCUGAGUCGUGAUAAUAAAGAAAGUGACCCUCUGCUGUUCUAUCAUGUGUGCAAUGAUGUCUGAUGGGGGGGGGGGGGGGGGGGAUUAAUUGUAUGACUUAAUGUCUUUGUUUGGAGGGGGCACUCAACCUUUUCAGCAUCAUCUCAGUUCAUCCUAAAGACACUUGUUUGCUAUCCGCACUGAGUAUUUUGCAAGCAAGUCCUCAAACUUGAAAUAAAAAUGAAAGAAACCGUCA